UAUUACUGCUUGUUUGCUCGCUGGUGCCAAACCAUCACAUAAUUCGAAAAACGCACAAGAGCCGAAACGCAUACCAUAGUAUAUUAUUGUUUGUUUGUUUGCUCGCUGGUGCCAAACCAAACCAAGCCCAAACUAAACUCCAAUCCACAAUGGCCGACAGGAAGCAUCCUGCCCGCAACGACGAGGCCGACGAUCCGCCCCCCAGUCGCGGCAGAGGCCUGGACCGGGGACUCAACCAGAGCCUCCGCGUUCUGGACAACCGGUACGUCGAUGAAGACGACAUCGAGCGGGAAUACGACCGCGGACAAAGCGGGUCCAACGGUGUUCGGUACCACCAGAGCGGGGCCGGGUACAAUGGCGGCAGCGAGUACAGCAACGGCAAUGGGAACGGGAACAACAUCCACCACAGCGACCACUACCAUUACUACCACAACGAUCCCAACGAUCCGGAGAACUCCUUCAACAGCAGCGGGUACAUUUCAACGAUCGACCUGGAGGGUCACCCUUCGGCGUACAACCCCCCGGACCAGGACUGCGAAAGCCGGUCCUUCUACACCAAGAGCGCGAUGGACGACGAUGGUUCCCAGGGCCUCGACUACGGCGACGGCGAGUACGACUACGAGUACGACGACGAGGACGACGACAACAACGACGAUUGGGGUUCGCGGUCUCGAUCGCGGUCGCGCCUCUCGGACUCGAGCCACCGCUACAGACACGACGAUCCCCGGUUCCGGCUCUUUUCCCUCCUGGACCUCCACUGCCCCUCCACGGCCUACGACGGAGACGCCGGCCACAGCGGCAACGACUGGGAGCCCAUCCGCGAGUGGUUCCGGGGGCUCCUCCCCGGGGACGGCGGCACGCCGGGCGGGAGCACCGCCGCCGCCGGUUCCGAGAACGACCGGAUCCUCCGCGCCGCCGUCCUGGAGGGCCGGGGCCGGUCCGGCCAGACCGUCCUCCACGUGGCCUGCGAGCGGUCCGUUCCCCCGGACGUCCUCGAGGCGAUCCUCUCCGUGGCCGAGCGCGCCGUGGCGGAGGACGAGGACCGGGCCCGCAGGGAGCAGCGCCGGGGCAGCGGGAGCACGGAAGGCGGCAGAAGCAGAAGCACGAACCCGCUCCGGCGCCACCCCGCCACCUGCCCCACCCUCGAGAGCUGGCUCCCCCUCCACUACGCCUGCAACUACCCCAACGACUAUGCCGUCGUCCGGAGGCUGGUGGAGGCCUACCCGGCCGCCAAGACCCACGCCGACCUCAAGGGCCGGACCCCCCUCCACUUUGCCAUGCGGGAGGAAAACAUGAACCGGCCCCAGGUGGUGGCCCUCUUGUCGUCGGCGGCCGGGAUUGCCGACGACAACGGGAUUCUGGUGAGUGGAAGGGAAGCGAACCGGGAAUAUCGAGCCGAUUCGAUUGGAUUCGAUUCGAUUGGAUUCGAUAGUGUGGUUCCUGCCGCUGCGUUUUUCCUGCCUCCGUUUGUUCGUUCUUUGUUCUCCGUUUUGCUGACUCUCCCCGCAUUCGCAAUUGUGCCGAUUCCGUUCUUCCGUGUCGUCGACCCUCAACCAAUCCAAUCCAAUCCGGUGCAACACAAAACGGCUCUUCCGCCAGCCCCUCCACUACGCCUGCCUGUACGGGGCCACGGAAGACUUUCUGCGCAUCCUGACCGAUGCCUACCCCCAGGGGGUCGCCGCCAGGGACCGCUUCGACCGGGUCCCCCUCCACUACUCCCUCUCCAACGCCGGGAGGCCCAACGCCCCGGCGGCCGUCCGCCUCCUGCUCGGCCUCGACCCGGGCCUGGUCAACAUCCCCGGGAUCGCCCGGACGCUCAGCGGGAGCGACGCGGUCCGGAGGUACGCCGACCAGGGCAGCGGCGGGGGCCGCAAGAAGGCCCACGGUGGAAACCGUCCCUCGUCCGAACCGGCGGGGGCGGCCUCCGACGCCUCCGCCUUUUCGAGCGCGUCGGUCGAGGAGUGCCUCCGGCGGUUCCUGGCGGCCAAGCCCCGGCCCACGGCCGAUUUCUUUACGGCCCUCCAGUCCCUCCCGGAGGCCCUCCGGGAAAAGGCGGUGCUGAUGCGGGAGGUCCAGGAACUCCUCAACCAAAAGAUCGGCCAGCGGUUCCCGACGGCGCUGCUGCUGGCGGACCUGUACCUGCAGGUGGUCGUGGUGGUCGUCUAUACGAUGGCCGUGCGGGACUCCAUCGAGGGACGGUUCCGGGGGUACGGCGGCGACGGCGAUGGCGAUGCCGCGGCCCCCUACGUGGCCCCCUACGUGGCCCCCUGGACCUACCUCGCCGGGCUCUAUAUAGGCCUGGUCUACUUUUUGGUGCGCGAGAUCGUCCAGAUCAUCGGCCUGGUGUCCCUCAAGGCCUCCUGGAUCUGGGUGUACGAACCGGGCACCUGGUUGAACGUGGCAUACAUCUUUUACAUCGGGGUGUGGACCGUCUUCAUGACCACCGGGUGGUGCGAGAGGGACGUCUUUCGGACCGGGGCCGCCCUUUCCUUUGCCCUCAUCUGGCUCAAGUUUCUCUCCUACCUGAGAAAGAUCCUCAUCGAUUUCUCCGUCUUUUCGGGUGGCGUCUUUCACGUUCUGAGGAGGCUGCUGGCCUUUUUGAUGUGCCUGACCAUCAUCCUCAUUGCCUUUUCGAGAAUGUUCUUUGCCCUGUUCUACGAGACGGAAUAUUGCGCCUCCGUGGAAGUUUCGGGCAGUGGCAGCGGAAGCCAGGGGUUUGGUUCCGGUGAUCUUUCUCUGUCUGGCAAUAGCAGCAGCAGCGAUUUCUUUGCCCUUGUCGAUGAGGAGGCCUUCACCAGGGACCUGAUCUGCGAAGCCAACGACCGGGUCCUUCCCUGGUGCAACUCCUGGGAUUCCUUCCUGGCAGUCUAUACCAUGCUGCUCGGCGAGGUCGACGAAACGGUCUUCGACGACAACCCCACCGCCCUGGCACUCUUCGUGGUCUUUAUGCUGCUCGUGGUCAUCCUCCUAGCGAACGUCCUGAUUGCCAUCGUCACGGACUCCUACAAGGUCAUCCGGGACAAGCGUGCCGCCAUCGUCUUCUGGACAAACCGCCUCGAUUUCAUUGCCCAGAUGGACGCGAUCGCCAGCAUCCCCUGGAGGAGCCGGUUCCGCCGGAUCCUGGGGCUCCGAAAGGAGGCGGGGGAAGAAGGGGUGAACGGAGGGGCUCCGGGUUAUGGCGACCAAACCCUUGCGCGGACCCACCGCGGAAGGGGCAGCCUCGGAAAGGACCUGUGGAACGACGUCCUCGAGCUCUUCGACCACGACUCCUGGACCGAGGACGGCCCCUUCUCCCUAGAUUUUAUCCUCUGCGCUUUCCUGAGGGCGGCCGCUCUGGUCCUAGUACCGCUGUGGAUCUUGGCCGGGGCACUGGUGGUCGGCCUUCUCUGGCCGCCGCAGAUCCGGGAGAAACUCUUCGUCAGCGCGGUCACCCUGCACAGCUCCGAAACCGAAAAAGAGGAAACCCAGCGCAAGACGCAGAUCGAGCGGGUGCGGAGGGAGGUCGGCCUGCUGAGGGAGGACCUGCUACGGGAGUCCGCCCGUCACCGGACCCAGAUCAUCCAGAUGAAGUCGGCGAUCGCGGAACGAAAGCUCGAAACCACCAACACCCUGGCGGCCAUCAAGAAGAACGUCGUCCUGGCCCUGGAAUUGUUCGAGAUGGGGCAAGAGGAGUAGAGGCGGGGCCGCGCAGCGCAAUGCAACGGAGGAACAAAGUGUCCCGUAUCGGCGGGGGAGCAGUACAGCUUGCCCGCGGAACCAAGGGAUCGAUAGGCCAAACCCAACAGAACCCGUUGCUCCGCAUUCCGAUUGCUGUUCUUUGUUUCAAGGCUUCGAAAAACGAUUUGAAUUCUGCAUAAAUUAAUGAUGUUCAC